AUGCCGUUUCCAAAUGGUUCCAUUUAUGAUCACCGAGUGUCGUGGGUGCGGCACCGCGACAUCCACCUGCUGACGGUGGGGCGCUACACGUACACCAGCGACCAGCGCUUCCAGUCCAUCCACUCGCCGCAGACGGAGGACUGGAUGCUGCAGAUCCGCUACCCGCAGCACCGCGACUCGGGGCUGUACGAGUGCCAGGUCAGCACCACGCCCCCCAUCGGACACGCCAUGUACCUCUCCGUCGUGGUAGAGCCUGUGACCCUCAUAAUUGGCGAGCCCGACAUGUACAUCUACAAGGGCAGCACCAUCAACCUCACGUGCGUCGUCCAAACGACAGCCCGGAGCCCCCGCCGGCCAUCUACUGGGACGCACAACUCUGAGGUAGUUACAAGAGCAGCGCCAUCAACCUCACAGCCCGGAGCCCCCGCGGCCAUCUACUGGACGCACAACUCUGAGGAGAUCAACUACGACUCCCCGCGUGGCGGCGUGAGCGUCAUCACAGAGAAAGGGGACGUGACGACGUCCUAUCUGCUCAUCCAACGCGCCAACACGCCCGACUCGGGCAAGUACUCCUGCAAUCCUUCGAACGCCAACGUCAAGUCAGUUGUCGUUCAUGUUUUGAAUGGUGAACACCCUGCAGCUAUGCAGCACGGUGGCCAACUGCGACUGCAGAACCCAGCAGGAUUAUUUCUGUUUAGCGUGGUGGUAGUGCUGCUAGGGUCGUGAGUCUUUGUUUUUGCCACUGACCUUCACCACCUUCACCUGCCUGAUACUCUGUGGGAAGAAAUUUUUUUUGAGAAAGUGCGAGUGACUUUUAGAAAGCAGAGAUGUGGAAUUACUACGCGCAAUAGACACUCAUGGGACCUCGUUGGUAAUUUUUCAGCGUGUUCUCUUAUAUGGUGCAGUGUGUUUGGCUGUCAAUAAGAACAUUAUUUCGUUCUGUAAUAUAAAGUGUUUUUUCUUUUUGAAUCAGAAUUUUGAGAUGAUGAAUAUACGAGAUAUAAUUACUGUUGGAUA